AUGGAUACAUUAAGUUGUAAUCAUUCAGAUAAAGUUCCAUUAUAUAAAGAAGUUAAAGAAAAAAGUCCAUUUGAAGUAUUAAAUCAAUGGAUUACAUUAGAAAAUAAAAUUGUGAUAUUUAAUUCAGAGCAACAUGAAAUGAUACCACAUGGAUUGUGGAAUAAAGUUUUUGGAAGAAAGAAUAUUAUGUUUAUAGUUAUUAGUGAAUAUGGAGAUGUUUUUGGUUCAUUCCAUGGAGUAGUACCAACAAAACCAGGAGAAUGGGUUUGGGAAGAUAAUCAACAGUUUAUUUUUAGUCUUAAGAAUCAAUAUGGAAUAAAUCCAAUUCAAUUUAAACCCAAAACAAUGACACAUUCAUUAUUACGAAUUUCAGGUAAAAAUAAUACAAAAAAAAUGUUUUGGAUUUCUGAUGGAUAUAGAGUAGAUGGAGAUGGGAAAGGAUAUAUCAGUGCUUCCUUUAGUAGAUUUUAUCAUGAUCAUACUAAAAUAGGACCAAUGAUAUUUACUAAUAAUGUUUAUCCAAAUACUUUUUGUAUACGAUCAUGCUUUGUGGUUCAAUGGUAUUAA